UUUUAAAGCUGAUGUUACGAAGAGUUUAAUUUAAAUAAAAUGCGAUUAUGCAGAAGGUAGAAUUAAAAAUGUAUUAAAAGAUCUAUCCUUUGACAAAAGAAAAGCGUCUUCCAAGAAAAAGAAGAAGAUUGUUGACAUAUGUUGUUUUUGGAAUGCUUUGGUGAUAGUCGACGAAUUCAGCAUUUUUGGAAAAAAAUUGAAACUAAAACCAUUUACUUUAGGUUUGACUAGAUAUACAAUUACACAAUAGCAAUGGCCGAUCAACAACAGUUUUUCUUGAAAUGGAACGAUUUCCAAAGCAAUAUGGUCUCGUCCUUUAGGCAUCUGAGAGACGAAAAAAGUUUCACCGAUGUCACUCUCGCUUGCGAAGGACAAACUUGCAAGGCUCACAAAAUGGUCCUUUCGGCAUGUAGUCCUUAUUUCAAAAGUUUAUUGGAGGAAAACCCUUCAAAACAUCCAAUAAUAAUACUAAAAGACGUCGCCUACAGUCAUCUACAAGCGAUCUUAGAGUUCAUGUACGCUGGCGAGGUAAAUGUGAGUCAAGAGCAGUUACCAGCUUUCUUGAAGACCGCCGAUAGACUUAAGGUUAAAGGACUUGCCGAGGCGCCACAAGCUAUUAAGAGGGAAUAAAUUGCCUUUACUUAAUAUUUUUUUUAUUUUUCAGCAGGUAAGAUGCAGGACGGUAGUAUAAUACUCAUGUACAAUAGCCCUAGAAAUUUUUUUGACAUGUCUUUAUAUAACCUAAGUGCUAUUGUACGUGUAUUAUUUUAUUAUUUAGAGAAAUGCAUUUUUGUAUAACUUUUAAUUGUUUAAUAUAAGUAUUGGACAUAAACUUGUACAAUAUAAAUUUAUGUAAUUUUUAAUUUAAAUAAGUUAGGACUAAGUUGACUUGUGAUUGAUUAAUCUGGCCUGCUGAAUAUGGGGCAUUUGGCCUACUAUUGCAAAAAAUUAUUUUUAUGUGGGUUUUGAAGGAAAUUCAAAAAAUAAACUCGAUUUUUCAUGUACAAACUUCAGUAAUUAUUCUAUUUGCUCUCCCAGAAAUCAGUAGGCCAAGUACCCAACCAAAAGUCUUAAAAAAAAAACAGUAGAUAAAUAUUGCUAGGCAUUACAUAAUAUUAUUAUAAUAAAUUUAAAGAAAACGAGAAAGUUUUCAUGAGCAAGAUAAGUAAUGUUUUUUCUUAAAUAUUUUAAUAGCUUUGUUACAACCUACAAUAAAAUGUUCAGGGUAGGAUCUUUACCAAUCCUAUGAAUAAAUAUUUGAAAAUGACGAACGAUUCUCAUUUGGGUUGGAAUAACGCUAAGGUUGUCAAUUUUUCUGAUUGUUUUGGUGAUUUUUUACAACAAAAGUAAGUCCAGACUGAAGAAUAUAAACUUAGCUGGUAUAGAUUUUCUGCAAAAGUAACUCAAAAUAUAGAGUGUUUUGAAAAUAUAUCCAGAAAAACUCAUUUUUUUCAAAGAAAAAUUUCCCGUUAUAUUUUUGGAACACUUUGUAUAUCUAUUUUUAUAAUAUGGUAUGAUUUUUCAUAACCACAUAACUGUAUAAUAUAACAUUUUAUUUUUUUUGGAAUAGUACCAAUGUUUAGUUGAUUACUGGAAUAAGUACUUUAUUCAAGGAUUCAAUAAUUGUUUCCUUAUUUCAUAAACUACUUUUUUUCAGACCUUUUCAAAGAAGAUUUAUUUUAUUUGUUACAGUUGAGACAAACCAGUAUAGGUAUCAAAAUUGAAGAAAAUUGAAAAAUUUAAAAUAAAGCUUCUUGAAUCAAUUACUUUUCGCAAUUUGUUUUUUGUUAAGACGUGAGAAUAUCUUCAAUAAAGCUGAACUAUUCUUUUUAUUUUAACCAUUUUUGUGGGAAUAUAAUAUGAGAGUUUUUUUUAAUGAAU